GCUCAGAGGCUCAGUGUCAAAACUCAGCUCGUCUCCAGAAUGAAGCUUUGUCCUCAGUCAGUCCGUAGGCUCGCCUUCUUAAGUCUCUGCUUUGUACUGAUCACAGUGAGAAAGUCACACAGCACAUUCGUCCCGGGAAGAUGUUUGUGUCCACGCAUGCAACCAGGAGUCAGAGGGCAACUGAAGGAGCUCACAGUCUACCCCAAAAGCCCCAGCUGUGACAGAGUCACAGUAAUAGUGACACUGAAGAGUACCAAUGAUCCAGUGUGUCUGAAUCCAGAGGCGCUGUUUGGCAAACAACUGAUUCACUGCUGGAAUAGAGCUCACAAGUUGGGUCGUGAUGUGACACUUUGCCUGAAGAGGAGGAGGCGGGGGAGAGGUCGUCAGCGCCAGCGCUCUCAACAGAGGAGCCGGGGCCUCAACAGAAAAGCCUCAUCCUCUAAUUCCCAAUAGUCAACCAGCCUGACAAAUGACACAAAGCUACUGCACGGAGAGAAGCGUGUACAUGCUGUUUUUUGCCACACUAAAAACGUCACACAGCUCAGACAUCAAGAUCCCCUAAACUGUUGUCUGAGCUGUAAAUCAAACUUUCUUUGUAGGCCAGUAGCAGAGAGCUUUACUUUAUCUGUGCAAAUGACUGAUGUUAUGUUGAAAACUGAGCCCUGGAGGCUUGUCAAAAAUGUUAACAGUUUUAGCUUUAAAACACUGUUAAAUGGUCCAUGUACUGUUUAUAUGUGAUUCUGUGCAUGCAGCUGGAAAAGCUAACUGGAACGACUUAGUUGGUUAUUUAUUUUUAUAUCAAUAUGAGCAUUUUUCAAACAUUGUGUUUUUUUUAUAAAUAAAUAUAUCAGCAAAAACACUGUGACCUUGUGUGCUAUUUAUUGUUGAAACUCCUGAUUAUCUUGAGAGCGGAAUGAUGGUAAAGACAAUUACUUCCUUGCCAGGAUAUGAGAGGUCACCCACAGUCUUUAGUUAAUAAACUACAGGAUGUGAGUCAGUGGCAGGCACAAAGCAAACAUGUCUUACUUAAAACAUCUGCACAAACAACAGGAGCUGACUGUGUGCUGUAUUGUAAUGCAACAGUAUAAAUAUAGAUUUCCAUGGCACUCUCCUGUGAAUAAGAGCAUGUUUGGAAAAUAUCACACCAUUGUUUUUUCACAGAUUAUACUGGACUACUGCUGUUGUUGCACAACUAAGACAUCCAGG